GUUCAGGAAACGGAUCCAAUGGUAAUAACCAAGGUUCAGGAAACGGAUCCAAUGGUAAUAACCAAGGUUCAGGAAACGGAUCCAAUGGUAAUAACCAAGGUUCAGGAAACGGAUCCAAUGGUGAUAACCAAGGUUCAGGAAACGGAUCCAAUAGUGUAAAUAAGAAACGUGGUGGUGAAGGACAAGGACAAAGCCAAGGUGAUAACCGAAGUUCAGGAAACGGAUCCAAUGGCAAUGGUAAUAACCAAGGUUCAGGAAACGGAUCAAAUGGCAACGGUAAUAACCAAGGUUCAGGAAACGGAUCCAAUGGCAGUGGUGUAAAUAAGAAGCGCGGCGGUGAAGGUCAAGGCCAAAGCCAAGGUGAUAACCAAAGUUCAGGAAACGGAUCCAAUGGCAAUGGUAAUAACCAAGGUUCAGGAAACGGGUCAAAUGGCAAUGGUAAUAACCAAGGUUCAGGAAACGGAUCCAAUGGCAGUGGUGUAAAUAAGAAACGCGGCGGUGAAAGUCAAGGACAAAGCCAAGGUGAUAACCAAGGUUCAGGAAACGGAUCCAAUGGCAAGGGUAAUAACCAAGGUUCAGGAAACGGAUCAAAUGGCAAUGGUAAUAACCAAGGUUCAGGAAACGGAUCCAAUGGCAGUGGUGGUAAUAACCAAGGUUCAGGAAACGAAUCCAAUGGCAACGGUAAUAACCAAAGUUCAGGAAACGGAUCCAACGGCAAUGGUGUAAAUAAGAAACGCAGCGGUGAAAGUCAAGGCCAAAGCCAAGGUGAUAAUCAAGGUUCAGGAAACGGAUCAAAUGGCAAUGGUGAUAAACAACGUUCAGGAAACGGAUCCAAUGGCAAUGGUAAUAAUCAAGGUUCAGGAAACGGAUCCAAUGGCAAUGGUGUAAAUAAGAAACGCGGCGGUGAAAGUCAAGGACAAAGCCAAGGCGAUAACCAAGGUGGUGAAGGUGGAGGCCAAAGCACAGGAACCGGAUCAAAUG